CAAGACUGGCGACUGGUGCUUUGACAGAUCAGGUUAUACACAGCUAUCAUCUGGUGUAAAUACGUAAACAAAAUUGUUUAUGUGGUAACGGCAAGAACAACGUGCGCGAAAUGAAAAUUAUGUGGUAGAGAGAACGUCAAUUGGAUGUAAUUUUGCUUUUCUGGACAUGCAAAUUGUAAACGUGAUAGAGUGACAAUAUUGGCAAAUAUCGUUGUUGGAAGGAUGAAAAUAACGACGUUGAAAGGCAUUUUUCCCGAUCCAAAGCCAGUCAAAAGGAAGAAUUUCAUUCAGGAAAAUGUGAAAAAUCUGCGGCGAAUGGAACAAUGCUUUCAAACUAAUAAAGAGAUAGAAGAGCUACAGAAAUUGCAACUACACAAGCAUCACAAGACCACAGACAGAUAUCAGAAUGUAUCCGCAAGGGUAGCCACCAGUUUCCAAGAGAGAAAAAAACAUGAAAACAAUGAUAUCAAUCCAGUGUCAAAGAAUAAUGUUCAAUCGAGAACUAAUAAUUCAGCAUCAACCGACAAGGUGGAGGAUGAAAUGCAAAUUCAAAAUGGGAACAAUACACUCGAACUGGACAAAAAGCAUGCUGCUCCUGCUAGAAAGAUUGUUAGACAAGGAAUAAAUAAUAAUAAUAAUAUAUCAGAUAGACAGAAGAAAACUAGCAAACACAAUAAGAGCCAGCAGAAACUGCAGCCAAAGGUUUCAUCCGAACCAGAUGUCUUGCACAAAUCUGAAAAUGACAUGAAUGCGCAGAUUACUGUAAAAUAUAGAAAUCGAGGGGUUCAGACUUUAGAUACAGACCAAGUGGAAAGUAUAUACUCUGAAGGCGUUAUUCGAUAUCCCUCAAAGAAAGUUACAACACAUGAUGAAACAGCAAGUAAUGGCGACUUAAAUCAGCAAGAGGAAAGAACUUUAAGAAAUCAAGUCGAUUCACCUACAGAUAGAGGCGAUAUGCGUGAUCUCCAAGACGCGCAAAAUGUUGAUUUACGAAAUUCCGUAUCGCCGGCACCUAGGGAAGAAAUCGACUUUAUCAAAUUGAAUAAAGAACGUACUUCCAUUGCCACUAAAUUGGCGAUACAGCUUAAUAACGGUGUCCCACCACUGAAUUAUCGCAAGGGUGUUAUUCCUAAAUAUCUUCGAGAUAGAAAGGAAGCGCAAGAAAAAGAGCAAAAGAUUAAGGCAGAAGCACUGCAUCCUGACUGUCCAGAAGGUCAUGUGCCCAUACCCGAUCAUGAGCGUAAGGAGACACUGCGGCUAUUAAAAAAAAAUUAUCAAGAUUACGUCAAUGAAUUAAAUAUGAUGCCCAUAAAGACGGAUACUUUAAGAGCACAGAGGCGUAAGAUUGAAAUAGAAAAGCAACUGAAUAAACUGGAAGAGGGGAUCAAGGUGUUCUCGCGUCCCAAAGUUUACGUGAAAAUAAAUGCAUAAAUUACAAUGUUUCAAUCAGAAUACAAUGCAUGUGUUUAGAUAUUGAUUAUCCGUCCGUUGUUUCAAUGCAUCUACCGUUUUAAAGGUCCACGCAAUUAUAUAUCUUGUUGUAAAAUGGCGAGAAUCACCAUAGUGUAUAUAUUUUUCAUGUGUAUGAAAAAUUGAUUAGUCUAAUGUUUAUGUCUAACAGUUUGAAGAUGCGUUACACAAUGGAGAAAGAUUCCCUAAACUUUUCCUAUAAAACUGGACGUACUCUGAGUUUGACAACUUUGUAGAUAAAAAGUAUCUCUCCUAUUAAAAAUAAUAAAUAAUAUUUUAUUUAA